AUGAAUGACGAUCCGAUGUGUCAUCUUUUGGGGUGGACCGAAAGGUCAAUGAAGGACGAUCAUUCAGACAAUCGUCCAAAGCAUACUGACACUGACUCGGCACCAGCAACGAGUAACAACAACAACCUCGCCACCGUCAUAGAGGUGCCACCACCGUCUUUCCAGCACCCACAUCAACAACCAGAAUCAUUAGCGUCGCUGUCGUCAAUACCAGCGGAUGGCUCAGGAAACGAACAUCUAGGGCAACAAGACCAUGAAAGAAACAACAGCAGCAGCAGCGCUGUUCAUGUUUCCGCGACACACAACGGAAAGAAAUUACGUCAACGGAUCGUUCGAGCCAAGGAAUUGCCAUUCUAUCAAGGAGGCGUUCGACCCAAACAUGUCAGAAUUGUGCGCUUCAUUGGCCGCUGCGGCUUCAUUGCCAAGGGCGUUGUGUAUGGCAUCAUUGGCGUCUUGAUAAUGACCAAUGUGUCAGGCACGUUCACGCCCAAUGGGAGUCAAGGAAAUGAAUCGCCACAGGGUGCCUUUUUGUUACUGGGUGGCAUUCCUGCUAUUGGCAGACCCAUCCUUGUUGUCAUGGCUAUAGGCCUAAUUACAUAUCUUUGCUGGAGAUUCUGGGAGGCCAUCACGGGUCAAGCGUACGAUGCAACGCUCAGCAAGCGAACCAACUUUUUCCGGUACCGGCUCUCGCCCAUUGUCAGCGGCCUUGUGUAUUGUGGCUACCUGUACUAUCUGAUUCAAAUGAUCUACCAAACCGAAGAGGAGCAACAAAAGACCGCCUCGAGCAACGAGUUUCCUGCGUCGUGGACCGACACGACUGUGGGCAGUGCCUUUGUUGGCAUCUUUGGUGUCGCCUUUAUGAUUGCUUUUGCAACCCAGCUUGUCAAUGCCAUUACCGGCAAUUUUAUUCCGGACCUGAGCACGAGUGACCCGACGACGACGCCGACGACGACGACGACGGCUGCUAGGAAAUGGGAGGCCCGAACGGUCCAUUUGUUUGGCCGAAUCGGGUUUGGUGGACGUGCUGCCAUGUUUGGUACGCUCUCUGGCUUUUUUUGGGAAUCGUUGGCCGAGCGCAAUGAAUCAGGCGAGCUCAACGUGGUGGCUGCGGCCAUUGGAAAGUUGUCAACGCACACCGGCGGAUUGUUCUUUAUGGUCAUUCUCGGUUUGAGUUUGAUCAUCUAUGGUAUCUUUGCUAUUGCCAAUGCCUAUUACAAGUAUUUCCCAACACCGCCACCUUCACGAAUACCACUCUAUGCCCUGACAACUGCCGAUGCCGACGACGACGACGACGACAAUAAUAUUAUCAUUAGCGGAAAACAGGGUGAAGAUGUUGCGUCAGGUGUUCAGUCAUCGCAGCAACUGCAACGAUUGGAAGGUCAAGAAGGACAGGAAGAACAAGAAGGUGACCGCAGGAAUGUAGUAGCAGGAGUGGCGGCUGAUCAUCGGCCAGGUCCCAAGAUUUGGUGGCGCCGGCUAUGGAUGCGUGUGUACCCAACAAGCUCAGCUAAUCGCAACAGCACAGACGAUAUCGAGAAGCAGCAGCAAUAAGCCAUACCAUUAACACACAGCAUGUCUGCUAUUUUAUUAUCCUUGUACUCUUUUACAUAGCAUUCAACAUUCCCAUUACGACAGGAUAUGCACAUCAUUUCUUUACCAUUUGCUCAUCAUUUGUAUACCUUUACUAUACUAGAUACACCCUACUUGCUAAUUUAAUGCAACAUUUCAAUUAAUUCCUUUUUUCGUUAUGAUAUACACCCAUUACAUUAUUGCACUACUCGUGUAUUAUAAUCUUUUUAUAUAAAAAUUUAAUUUCUACUGUACAUCAUCAAGUUAUAGAAUAUGCAAGAGCAAGCGUCAGUUUACUCGUCUCUUGUUUGUCUCAUACUUUGAAAGGG